UUUUCCGCGAAUCGGUUCGUUCUUGUUUCUUCAAGUUUUGGGGGUAGCGCGUUUACGUUUCUGGACGAAUAUUUCGCGUGGUGGGUCUUUCGAUGCCACAGCUGGCGACAAACGGAGUGGCAACACGAGGGGAGAGAGUGAGAGGACGAAAUAAGACGUGACAUCACUGAAAGGAUUAUGUGAACUUGGGCAAAGCUGCCAACCAAUGGAGUGAAGAUCGAUUGUGAUUGAAACAGGAUUAUAUUGUGAUUACGAUUCUCCGGGCAUUUCGUAUAACUGCUUUGUGUUCUUUGUUGUUGGUUUUUUAUUUGACAAGAUUUAAAUUCGGUGCCUGAGAAAAUGAAACGUGCCAUUUUGAUUUUGUGCACGUUACUUGCCACAGCUAAGGCAGAUAUUUCUACGAUACUCCGAGGAGGUAACUCUCAGAAUGACAUCGGAUUCGAUGGGUAUCAUUACGAUAAACCUAAGAUACCGUUCGAAACACCAGUCCGACCUUCGCCUCCUUCACCACCGCCUUCGCCGACAACAGAGAAAAAAUGUGCCACAUCAGCUGCAAAUCCCGACGGAAGUUGUGGCUAUGACUACCCGAAACCAACGCAGAGCUUCACUCUGCCACCGAGACCGCCGAGCACGACAACUACGAGGCCGACUACAACGACUACAAGGAGAACCACUCCCCCGGUAGAAUAUCUGCCGCCGUCGACGACUAGAAGAACAACAAUACCCACAAGGCCACCGACAACAACUACAACGACUACUCGUAGGCCCCCAACAACUACACGAGGUCCAGAAUGUCCACCUUCCUCGCGAAAUCCCGACGGAAGUUGUGGAUAUUCCUAUCCCAAACCUGAUCAGUCUUUCGAACUGCCUCAACGGGAAACGACUACAACUACCCGGAAGCCCACUACGGCUACAACCCGCAGAACAACGCCUUCGCAAGAAUAUCUGCCGCCCACCACAACUACGAGGCGGACGACCACCACAACACGGCCAACCACCACAACCACUCGAACGACAACCACCACGAGACCUACUACUACAACAACCAGGCGAACUACGACAACCACACGUGCUUCAACCACAUCGGGAUGCUCGCCUGGAGAGCGAAAUCCGGAUGGGUCUUGCGGAUACGUUUAUCAAAAACCUCAGCAAAGCUUCACUGUUCCUCAAAAAGUAUCAACAACGCGGCCAACAACUACUACAACCAGAUUGACAACAAGAAGAACGACUCCUUCACAGGAAUAUCUUCCGCCUUCGACGACAACUAGAACAACUACCACUACGAGGCGCACUACAACGACGACUCGAACAACCACAACCCCUCGUCCAACAACCACGACUUCAAGAGUGAUUCAAACUACCAAAUGUCCAGCAUCGGAACAAAACCCAGACGGUUCCUGUGGUUAUGUUUACGAAAAACCAGAGCAAAGUUUCACACUCCCUCAACGGGUAACUACGACUACCAAAGCCACAACAAGACCAACUGCCACGACACGAAGAACGACUCCUUCUCAAGAGUACCUACCUGCGUCUACAACGGGUCGAACUACACAACGUCCAACGACAACAACCACAAGGCGUACCACAACAACUACUAGGCCAACUACUACGACAACCAGACGAACAACUACAACGACACGCCCCACAACGACAACCCAACGGUUAACUACGACUCAAAGAAUCGUUCAGACUACCAAGUGUGCCCCUUCGCAGCAAAAUCCAGAUGGAUCUUGCGGAUAUGUCUACGAAAAACCGGAGCAAAGUUUCACAUUACCUCAAAAAGUAUCCACCACUCGUCCAACUACUACUACAGCCAGAACAACUACAAGAAGAACAACUCCAUCCCAAGAAUAUCUUCCUCCGUCAACUACAGCCAGAACAACCACACGCCCACCCACAACCACUACUAGGCGCACUACAACUACUACUCGACCGACAACCACAACUCGUCCAACGACAACAACUCGAAAAGUUAUCACGACGACCAAUUGUCCGGCUUCACAACAGAACCCAGAUGGAUCAUGUGGAUACGUUUAUGAGAAACCAGAACAGAGCUUCACGUUACCCCAGAAAGUGUCUACAGCUCGUCCUACCACUACAACAGCUAGAACUACAACCCGACGUACAACUCCCUCGCAGGAAUAUCUACCCCCGUCUACUACAGCAAGAACCACUACAACUACUAGACGAACUACCACUACUACCAGGCCGACGACAACCACAACUAGGCCAACUACGACUCGAAGAAUAGUCACCACCGAAAGGGUAAAACCAACAACCAAGUGUCCACCAUCGCAACAGAAUCCCGAUGGAUCUUGUGGAUAUUUCUAUGAGAAACCCGAACAAAGCUUUACACUGCCACAGAAGGUUUCAACUACUCGACCAACAACAACAACCCGAAGGACGACUCCAUCGCAAGAAUAUCUACCGCCUAGUACAGCGAGAACUACAACACGACCGCCAGUAAUCACAACUACUACCAGGCGAACAACGACCACUACGCGACCGACAACUACAACCACCAGACGAACAACGACUACCACUACCCGUCCGACAACCACAACGCAGAGGCAAAUACAGACAACCAAGUGUGCCCCAUCGCAACAGAAUCCGGAUGGUUCUUGUGGUUACGUUUAUGAAAAACCAGAACAAAGUUUUACCCUUCCGCAGAAAGUCUCCACUACUAGGCCUACGACGACGACGACGCCGAGAACCACAACCACCACCAGAACUACAACACGACGAACAACUCCAUCGCAGGAGUAUUUACCUCCAUCCACAACGGCUCGAACAACUACAAGGCCUACCACUACUACCACUAGGCCCACAACCACUACACGUCAAACAACAACAACAACAACGCGACGGUCACCUCCAACCAGCCAGUGUCCACCGUCUCAACAGAAUCCUGACGGUUCCUGUGGAUAUUUCUACGAGAAACCAGAAAACAGUUUCACACUUCCGAACCGGGUGAGCACCACGAGACCAACUACCACUCGCUCCACAACACGUAGAACAACUCCUUCACAGGAGUAUCUUCCACCUUCUACCACAGCUAGAACCACUACAAGGCCAACCACAACGACUACCAGGCGAACAACUACUACAACAAGACCAACGACGACAACACGACGCACCACUCCAUCUCAGGAGUAUCUUCCGCCUUCAACAACGCCUCGUGCAACAACGACAAGGCCACCCACUACAACCACUCGGAGGACCACCACCACUACGACCAGACCUACAACUACUACACCCCGUAGAACAACACCAGCUCAAGAGUAUCUACCGCCAAGUACAACACCACGGCAAACAACCACUCGUCCAACAACCACUACAACUCAACGAACGACGACAACCACUCGUCCAACAACGACAAUCGCACGACGAACAACACCAUCUCAGGAAUAUCUACCUCCGAGUACGACGGCUAGAACCACGACCACACCGCCUACCACUACUACAACAACGAGACGAACAACAACCCGACCUUUUGUAAGUACGACAACCGAAAAGAAAUGUGCCACGGGAACGCUCAAUCCCGACGGAAGUUGCGGUUAUCCCAAGCCACCAACUACUUCGGCGCCUGAAUAUCUGCCACCGGAGCAAAGUACCGGAUAUUCCUAUCCGAAACCUGCCAUACCGUUUAACUUCUAAAGCUGCCGAAUCGUGUGCUCUCAACCGCCACUCAACAUGCGAACACCCCCUGUAAAUAGACCUCUGUUUAAUCAAAGAUGAAUCCUUUGUCGACUUUUCUGUUUUCAUCAUCUACCCGUCAAAACAACUUAGUUCUCUUCAUUCCGAAUUAGUCUAGUAAGCAGUCUUCCUCUGCAUCAAUGACAUUUUGACGUACACUGCCUGAGCCGGUCGUUUGUCAACUCUGCCAGCAAUACCAAUACCAUGGUUUACUCUUAAGUUCACGUUUACGAUUUAAAGACUACUGCGACAAAAUUUGCUUGCUGAUGAUGUUUCCAAAUGUCACGGUAGAAGACGGAGAUGUUGCUGUUGUUGUUGUUCUUGUGCAGUAGAAAAAAAAACAAGGAAACUUGAUACUUGUAAAAUAAUACUCAAUAGCAAUAGUAGGACAUUGAUAUGUUUGUGUAAAAACGGAAGAAAUUAAAAAAAAUAUUGUGAUUCUAGCUACGUGGUAGUGUUUCUACAUGCGACACAUGCAUAAACUUAGAUGGAAAUAUAAUAAAUUGAAAAAUAA